UUACGAACAUAAGCGGCCAUGUCUUAAUUACUCGGACACAGCAGCGCAAUUAACACCAUCAGUGUGAAAUCACAACGGGACUCCAGCCAAACACCAACAGCAUUCUUCACUCGGUGAAAGAGAAAUCGCGAUACAAGCUCUCAAAAGCUAAUUUUCAAAAAACACCAAGGAAUGUCUUAAUUAGAAACGGCUGCCGGGCGCCUAAACAAUCUUGCAAAGUUCAAGAGAUUGUAUUAAGCGGAAGUGAAGGUGAACUCUUAAAAUACUGGGAAAAAGCACGUGAAAAUAUGUGGAGAUUUAUCGUCACCGUUGUGUGCAUUGUGGUUCAGCGUAACGGGGUAGCAGGACAAUAUCGAUAUUUAUCCACUCCCAAAGAUCUCCAAGCAGUAGUUACCGUUAAGGAUCAAGCACUGGGUAUCUGUGACGUCAAUCUGACUUGGGCGGAAGUUCACUAUAAAAAGUCCUGGAAACCUCUGAUAUAUAUUGUGAAAUGGGAAAACACAACAGAUUACACAACUGUAACAUCAGAAACAGGAGUAAAUGCAAUCAAAGCAACAGGACUAUUAAAAGACAAAACGUAUGUCUUCUCCGUGAAGGUCAAACAAGGCUGGCUGAUUAGCGAUUGGAGCAGAUCGCUCCACGUGACAACAUCAUCGCCAUCUGUUGUCGAGGGAAAAGAUAGUAAUGAUGAUGACCCAAGGUACCCAAAACCUAGAAGUUUAAAGGUCAAAUACCUGUCGCCGAUAAGCUUCAAACUGAAAUGGCGGGAUGCUAAAGACGCCAAAACAUUAAAGGUCAAAGGUUAUCGCGUGACAUGGAAACAAAAGAAGGGCGAAACUCAUAAAUCCGACCUUAUCACAAAACGAUCGUAUUCUGUUAAAGGACUGAAACCGGAUUCAAUUUAUCUGCUAAGAAUACAAACUGUGUACAAAUCUAAACUUUCCAAGUCUUUAACGUUGUUUUGUAAGACACAGAGGGAGUUUGACGUCAGCCCCCCGGCGUCUGUGAGAGCAAAAGCUGUGGGAACAACGAAAAUCCAAGUAAGUUGGUCCCCCAACCGGAAGCAGACGGAUAGUAAGAUAGUGGGCUACAAGAUUCAGUACAAGAGGCGAGGGAUCCGGAGAGGGGAUGUGUGUACCGCCAUGGCCAGCUCCUGGAAGUCCCGAUACGUCAUCACAGAUUUACUAAAAGGGGAAGCCUACAAGAUAAGAAUAGCUGCAAAAUCCCGAUAUGCAACAGGUCCAUAUUCAUCAUGGCGUCUGGUUAAACUUCCGGGAGGAGUGCGCAAUAGAUCAAACGACGAGGCCUUAGAUAUCACAACCACCCCACCACCAACACCAAGUCCAGAGGAACUGUUUGGUCUAAAUAUAGAACAGAUUUCCGCGGGAGUUAACAUAACAUGGAAUGACGUCUCUAGUGAUGUAGUGACGUAUAUGGUUGAAAUCACACAAGACUCUCAGAUAUUGUAUAUCAAGGAGGUGUACCGCGAUCCCCUCGCUCUGGAGGUGUACAGCCUUGACCCGGGCGGAGAGUACAAUGUGACGGUCCGGGCGGUGAGCUCAAGGGAGAUUGGACACUUCUCGGCGUCGUUCUCAACCCCUGUCCCUGUAACUGUGGUGACGGAUGGACCCCACGUGACCUUAACGGGCGGGAACUUGACACUGCGCUGUAUCACGCAAGGAAUUCCCAGGCCUCAGUAUGAAUGGGUUUUAGGACAAGGGUUUACUCGUUAUGACAUCACCAAGUUUGAGGAAGAAAAUUUCAACAAGUAUUUGAUGCUUCUAGAGUUAUAUGACAUUCCAGAGGAUUUCCAAAACCCGAUAUGUAAAUCCCAGAAUAACCUUGAAUACGUCGCAAAAGAACAUCGUAUUCACAUCAUAGGUGCAGUUCCACCGCCAGUGAACAAUGUGUCAGUUACGGCUUUAAAUCAGAGGAAGAUUGAAGUAGAAUGGGACAUCCCAAUCGAACACGAAUAUCUGAAUGUCACAUAUCUUAUUACAAUUGAGGAUAACUUUGGAAAUUACUGGAGCGAGGAAGAGACAUCUUUGAGCCGAUAUGUUUUCAGAAACCUGACAGCAAAUACAGAAUACAGAGUGUCGGUCAUCGCAAAAACAUCUAAUGGAAGAUCUUCAAGCGGAAAUGACAUCAUAUCCGUUAGAACAGAGAAGGCCCUACCAAAACCAACGCUUCAGACUUUGUCGUGGAAUGAUACGGCAAUCGUGCUGAACUGGGCGACAAACAGCGAUACACCACCGAACAUGGUUCGAAUACUCUACAAGAAAGUUUCAGAUCAAGAGUUUCUUGUGCGAAAGUCCUACCCACAAAAGUCGACGAUGAUUUUACAAGAUCUUCAAAGGAACUCGACGUAUGAAAUGAAGGUCGUAGUGGUGUACGACAAGGGGGAAGUUGUCUCCAAUGUUUUAACGAUUGAGACUAACAUUGCCAGCUUCCUGCAGGAAAACAGGCGUCCCACCCCUCCCGCCGAUGCCUACCUGAUGGUCAACAAGACUGCCAUGACCAUACGGUGGAUCCCGCCCCACCCUGAGUAUCGCACUUACGUCAGGCAGUACAGACUAGAUAUUUAUCAAGAUGGCAUACUACAGCGACAUCUCAUGGAUAACAAGGGACGCAACUUCACACUUACCCCAUUCGAUGAUACUAAGGAGGUGGCCGCUUAUCUUACAGCGGUCAAUAAUGCCGGGGCCAGUGACCCCAUUCUCAGGACUUACAAACCACUGGCAGAUGAAGAGAAACCCACAGGGGCUGUAGGUAGUCUGAGGGGUAAGGCCUUGUCAUCCAAUUCCAUCUUGGUCGAGUGGGAACCUCCCACUAACAAGCGACUUACGAGGUUUCUUCUACGUUACCGACCACUCGUCGAGUAUAACGAUUCGAACAUUGUUGAUGAGUGGCUUGGACCUUCGUACAACAACUACGUUUUGAUGGGCCUCCGUGGCGCUGAGUCUUACUUCAUAUCCGUGAUUCCGUACUUUAAUGAGUUGGUGGGAAACGAUUCGUCAAUCAUCGCCAGGACCUAUACCGGGGCGCCGUCAGCACCCCCGCAAGAUGUCACUGCGACCAAUGUUAACUAUACGGGUAUCACUUUACAAUGGAGACCCCCUCCCGAUGGUCAAACGAAUGGAGUGGUCACUCAGUACGUCGUGGCUUUCCGGUCAGCAGACAAAGUCGAGGACACCAUACAACACACAAAUAAUACCGGCAUCAUUGUUCGGGAUCUGCUGCCGGGGACGAGUUACUAUAUGCGGGUGGCCGCCAUGACCCUCAACGGAACAGGGCCUUUUACGACAUGGUUGACACACAGCACCCUCCCACUUCCGGUUAUCAGGGAACUCCCGAAACAGCCUGAAAAUGUUACAACGAAACAGGUACCAUAUGGAAUUGCUUUGCGAUGGGACAGACCGAGGGAUCCCGAUGUUCCUGUUCACGGAUACAUCGUUGGAUACGGAAGGUUUAUUCCCGAGGUGUACCGAGAGGUCCUUAGUGCUGGCAAAACUCAGUAUACAAUUCAUAAACUACGGCAAAACCAUGAUUACAUAAUUAGCGUGCGAGCUUUCAAUAAUUUUGGAGAAAGUGAAGCGGUGAUCGCUGUUGCAACGGCAGGAGACGGGAGAAUGACAAUAGUAUCCUCCAAUGACGAUGACAAGGAAGGAGAUCUAAACAGAUUUGAUGACGCUCCGAGAAAUGUGAGCCUUGAGCUAAAUCACGGCGAGAUCCCGACGGUGAACGUUAGGUGGCGCCCACCUCCUCAGAUCCAGGGACCGUCACUGGGAUAUAACGUGUAUUACAAAAAGGAGGCCGAGAAGAAAUGGCGGGUGAAGUUUGCGGACCGGACAUUUCUGAUUUUGAGGAACCUCUCAUUUGACACGACGUACUACGUCCGAGUCGGUGUAUUUUACAAGGACAACACAGAUGCUCGACUGUCCCAUACAGUGGAAAUCAAAACGUUCUCUUUAGAGGACACAAUCCACGCACUGCCAACACCUAGCAUCACUUCCGUGUUCUCAGGGCCGGACUUCCUGGAUGUGAACUGGAAACCACCCCUCAAAGAUUACCUCCACGUGAUCGUCGGAUUCAUCCUGGGAUUUGGCAUCAAAGAAUCAAAUGAAAACCAGGAGUUCAUACCCGCAAGUCAGAGGAGUUUUAGAGUCACAAAAUUGGAACCAGGAACACAAUAUAUCAUCUCCCUGGCCAUGUUCAACGAGCACGGAAAAAGCGCCAAGUCAAUCGUUUAUGCUUCAACAUUAGAUCCCCAAGAACAGAAAACAACAUGAUUUUGAUCACUACCAUCAGUUCAACGAUGAAAACAGUACCCCAUAGAUCAUCUUUGUUACAACUAUCAGUUCAUUUAAUAUUUAGGUCAUAUCUUACGUCAUAAACAUCUUACAUACUGUACAAUAAACUUAUAGCAGUAUUGUUACUUGAGACACCGUUUGGACAGUCAUGCAUACACUAAAUACCCCCACAAAAAAGAAAUCAUUCUGAUUAUUCACCCAUCUCUCCAUCCAUCCUUUGCAACCCUGUUCUGAUCAUAUAUUCUGUAACGAUGAGACGGCAGAUGUUUAAAUAUUUUACACAAAGUUUGCUUGUGGCCUAAGGGUGUGUUGAUAACCUUUAGAUAAGGUCAGAUGGAAAAUUUCAAGGUCAUCGUCUGGUCAUGUUAUAUGCACAUUCUUGACAAUUUAAACAGCAUGUUCUAUAUUAUAACCAGUCAAAUUUAUGUGGUCAAAAGUAGAGAUGUAUUGUCUAGCUAUACCCUUCCCACAGACUGAGGACUAUCACACAGAACUGUAUGGAACAACAUGUGUGUCUCCACAUCAUUCAGUAAUAUACUGUUAACCAGCUUGUAUUCACGACUACUUUAUUUCGCGCUCUACCAGUGAUGAACUAGUUCACGGCGACUAAUUUUCACGACUUAGAUUAUCUCAAACAAAUACAAGAGAUAUUAAUGAACUGGUUCGCGGCGAGAAAUAUUUGCGAUGAUUAGGUCCUCGAUAUUCUAGCGAAAAUAUCUCGUUCACGACAAAAAGUUCGUUUACAGUAAGCCAUUGAGAAAAUUCGCAAUUUUUGUUUCCGAGAUGAUAUAUUUAAAGAAAGUUUUAUAUACUACUUCGCCCAGUAGUGUGUCUUCACCUCCGUCAAAGUCAUCAAAGGUCACUUCUCAUAAUACAGUCCAAAACUGUGGACAAUGGUCGAUACCUUGCUUAUACAUAUAUAUUUUCCUGCUCUUUUAUUGAAUUAUUUUGACUGUGUGAUAUCAACUCUUUCUAUUUGGAUUAUAUAUAUAUAUAUAUAUAUAUAUAUAUAUAAUUUUUUUAAAUCAAAAGCAUGUAUUAGUCAAUUCAUUUCACUUCUUCUCUUCAUUUACAUGUUGUAAUGAUCAUUCAGAGACAAUGUUCUUCACAAUUAUUUUUGUGUGUAAUAAUUAUGAUGACAAUCACCUAUUUUAUCAUGUUAUAAAUAACUCUGUGUACGAUCAAUAUGCCUUGUGUUUAUUACUCUUUGACCAAACAAGGGACAUGUUCAUUACUUUCGGUCCCGUGGAGAUCCGGGUUAGAAUAGGUCCUCAAUACCCCCUUCCUUGUCGUAAGAGGCGAUUAAAUGGGGCAUUCCUUCGAAUGAGAAAACGAAAACUGAGGCCCUGUGUCACAGUAAGUGUGGCAUGAUAAAGAUCCUUGCCUGCUCAAAUGCCGUAAGCAACAAGCAUAAGCCUAAAUUUUGCAGCCCUUCGCCGGCAAUGGUGACGUCUCCAUAUGAGCGAAAUAUUCUCGAGAGUGAUGUUAAACAAUAUACAAUCAAUCAAUCUGUCAUUACUUCAGAUUAAAACAGAUGAAGGCUUUAACGGUGAGAACACAUUCCGUAACACACAUCAAACUUAGUAUGCUGAUAUUGAGGUCACAUGGUCAAUCUACUCUGGACAAUGGAAGAUACUGUCUACUCAAUAUUUUGACAACCCUUUGCUUGAC